UCUUUAUAAAUCAGGACACCAGCUUUUAAACAUAUUUGUAAAAAUGGGCUCAAUAAGAGUUCUCGUGUGUUAUUUUCUGUUUACAUUUUUAGUAACAUAUUCUUUGGGAUAUUUUAUUCCAUCUUCCGAUUCUGGAUUUAGUGCAGUUAAAAAAGCUCCAAGAUGGAAUGUGCCAUGGAUGGGUAUCGGUAUGUGGUGUAACGGCUGUCCGCCGAGAGGGUGCGAGGAUGACGAGGCUGUAAUACACGGCUUCUGCUGCGGCUGCGCUCACAUAUUAGAUCAGUUGCCAAUUUUGUGUCCUGAGUUUUUACAAUGUCCACUCAACUUGCAUGGACUGUGCCAUGACUAUGAAUACAUGAUGAGAUGUUGCUGUUAGCGUUAAGGAGAUAAGGAAUGUAAAUAAAACAUCUUUUAUAUUAUA